CUCCAUUCAGUUUGCACCCAUCCGCCCCUCUCCGCCCCCUUUUCCCCUUUUUCCAGUCGCGCGAGUCUCUUCGGACUCUGCCUUCAUUUCGAUCCCCCUAAAAGCGGUUUAUGAGCUCUAAGGAGAAGCCCACUCUCGGAAACCCUAGGCUCUGCUCUGUCGUCGUUUCCUACUGUGAGGGCGUCUGCUGUUGAUUUCUCAGGAGCUUCGAUUAGAUUGAGAUUUCAAGCUACGGAAUUGUAGUUCUUCUAUAGGAAGAUGCCUCGCUUUCGGAAUAAGAAGAGGAAACCGUUUGUUAAACCUACUAUAAAGAAACAACCGAUCGUAGACCAUGUAACCGGGGACAAGAUCCCGAAGAGUUUUGUGUUUUCUCGGGGAAAGUUACCCGACGUUCUUCGAAAAUUGCAGAUGGAUUUAAGAAAAUUGAUGCUUCCAUUCACGGCUCUCAACCUCAAGGAAAAAAAGAGGAACAAUCUCAAAGAUUUUUUGAACGUGGCAGGCCCAAUGGGUGUUACACACUUCCUGAUUUUAUCGAAAACUGAUUCUGCGCCGUACUUGAGGGUUGGUAGAACACCACAGGGCCCAACUCUAACCUUCAAAAUUCUUGAGUAUUCGUUGGUUGCUGAUGUUGUCAAGUCUCAAUUGCGUCCGAGAAGUCAUAAAGAUCUUUUUGAUAACCCGCCUUUGAUUGUCCUUUCUGGUUUCGGGACUGGGGAGCAGCAUCUUAGGCUUACAACUAUAAUGUUUCAGAACAUGUUUCCUGCCAUUGAUAUAAACACUGUCAAGCUUUCUUCAUGCCAAAGAAUUGUGCUGCUAAAUUACAACAAAGACACCAAACAUAUAGAUUUCCGGCACUAUUCAAUCAGAUUACAACCGGUUGGGGUGUCACGACGAAUAAGAAAAUUUGUACAGAGCCAUCUGGCCCCUGAUUUGAGAACUCUUCAGGAUGUCAGUGAUUAUUUAACAAAGGCUGGUUAUGGAUCAGAAAGUGAAGUGGACGAUGAAGCAGCAACUGUAAGUCUACCAAUGGAUCUUGGAAGAGUUAAUAAGGCAUCAAGUAAGAGUGCUGUCAAACUUCAAGAAGUUGGACCUAGAAUGACACUUCAGUUGGUAAAAGUUGAGGAAGGAUUGUGCUGUGGAGGAAUCAUAUUCGAUGCAUUCGGAAAUAAUGCACCGAGCAAGAACAAGAAAUCGGACGAGAACGACGAAGAAGGAGGUGAUGGUCGUGAAGAAACAGAUCAAGACGAGGAACUAAGUGAUGGUAGCGAAGGCAGCGAUGAAGAUAAUGAUGAAUAGGUGUGAGAAGAUUAAGAUUAGUGUGUUAUAAAGGGAAUUGUUGUUAGCUUGCGCUGCCAUGCAUUGUAAACCGAUGACUCUGUAUUAUGCAUUGUAAACCGAUGACUCUGUAUUAUCUGAUUCCUAUUAUUUUAAAUUUAAAAUGGCAUAAUUGGGCUUA